CAAUAUAGGAUUGACGCAUUAGAACAUGACUGGGAUUGUGACAGUCUGAACCGGCGGGGUUUCGUUCGGUCACUUCGCCAUGGGUCAGGUCUAAUAACAAAUCCAGCCAGACUUCAAAAGAGGUGUUUUCUGUCUGUACUGUCCAUUUGGGCCAGUGAUACAGAGUAGGUUUACCAGCGCAUGAUGGACAGACAGAGCCUUGAGGCGACUGCAGAAGGAGGAGAGAUCAAAGGGAACGCUGAAACGGCCACGGUCACUUCCAACACCACAUCCGUUACCAUGGUUACCACAAACAACGCUACCGCGUCAGUGGUCUUCGCCAUGAUGACAACAGCCAGCAGUACCACGCCCCCACAGAGACAGGCCCCUCCCAGCUCCCCUGCAGACACAGACAGACAGGCAGUGCAGGUGAUCCAGCAGGCCAUCCACAGCAGACCCCAGACCAUGGCAUCUCAGUACCUGCAACAAAUGUAUGCAGCCCAGCAACAACACAUCAGACAGCAGCAGCAGCCUCACAGUAACCGACAGUCCCCCUCCUCUCCUCCUGGUAACGGAACGGUAACCCAGUCAGCUGGGACUUCUAUCACCCUCCCAAUCCCUUCAGGAACAGGCCAGCUGAUUGGUCAUUCUCAGAGUUCCAGCUCCACCACAGGCACGAUUAAUCAGCAGGCCAUGCUCCUGGGGAAUGGCUCUGCCUCUUGUAACCAAGCCCAGAUGUACCUACGCACCCAGAUGUUGAUUCUGACCCCUGCAGCCAACGUGACAGCGGUCCACUCUGACCGGCCUUCUGUCUGCUGCAGUUCCUCUCAACCUUCCACUUCACAGGUCCAGAGCUUAGCUAUGCAGCCCCACCUUCCCGGUGCUUUGACUACUGCGCAGAGUGUCCUGUUGAAACCGUCCUUCACCCAGACCCUUGUCUCUCAACCUAAGAUGUCUAUCUGUUCCCUGAGGCCCAGCCAGCAGUGUGAGACCUCCACAGACACCUCUGUGGCUGAUACCCGACCAGCCGACGUCACUCGGCAGACGUCAGCCAACCAGCAUGUCACACCAGGUGUGUGUGGCUCUAUUUCCAUUCCAGCGUCGUAUAGUCCAGUCCAAUCCCACGCUGUGGUCAGACAUCAGCUGAGCUGUCCUCUGAGCCAUAAGGGGGCACCCCAGCAGGCUCACCAGCUCAUCAUCCAGCAGACCACAGCAGGAUCGCACCGGCAGCUACACCCCAUUUCCCUGCACCUGGCAACCCACAACGCCCCCCCCUCUCCUUUCCCUCUGACCCUCCAUGCCCUGGCCACUCCCACCCAGACUACUUCCACCACAGUCCAAUCCCAGCCUGGGAAUGGCCUUCUGGUACCCUCCUCAUCCUGGGAUCAUCCUGCCCUUGCUCCACUCCCUCCUCAGCAGUCAGUGGUAGUGUCCUCAUCAUCCGUCCCUCCGCCUCUCCUGUGCUCCAGCCUGCUCCAGCCCCAGAUCCACCGCCAGCCCCAGCUCCAGCCCCCCACCCUGCGUCUCGGGCCUAUCUCCCAGGCCUCUCUCCCCAUGAUGCUCCAGCCUCCACCUCCCUCCCUCCAGAGGUUAUCCUUGAGCUCAGUCCAGGCCCUGGCGGUGCAGUCCACUGGGGUUCUGGUGUCCGAGGAGGAGAUGCCUGUGACAGACGCAGUGGUCCAGAUGCCUUUUCAGAAUCUCCACCCCCCCCGAACAUUCCAGAGUCUUUCGCAAACAUUCCAGAAUCUUCCCCAGACAUUCCAUAAUCUUUCCCCGCCCCAGACUGUAGCUGUGGACCUGAAGGUACAGCCAGCCUCCCUACAGACCCAGCCUCUGAAGGAGAGGAAAAAUGAGAAGAGAGAGGAGAAGACGCCCGCUUCCCCUACUCUACCUUCAUCGUCGGGGUCCAACACACUCAGUAAAGAGAUACUGCCCGUCAGUACGGGGAACUGCACAGGCAGGUUGGGUUCUUCCUGCGUCCCUCCGUCCAACCGCUCUGUUAUCCACUCGUCCUCCCAGGGCCUCUCCUCUCACACCAGCAGCUCCCCCCCACCCCUCCUGUCUGCGGCCGCGGUAAGAAGCCCUGGCCAGCCCCCUUCAGCCUCAGCCACCCCACCAGGGAGCCCUGAGAGAGCUAGACCCCCCGUCCUCACUCACCUCAUAGAAGGGUUCGUCGUCAGAGAGGCCCUGCAGCCGUUCCUCCCGGUACCGUUCCCGAUGGGCUGUUCCUCUUUGGGGGCGGACCAGUCGGCCACACUUCCUGGAGCCUGGGAAGACAAAACCAAUGGGGAUCCAAUGCCGGAUCUGAGAACCAGUGGGGAUAAAGUACCUGCAAUAAGAACUAAUGAGGAUUCGGCUCCUGAAAGUCAAAUGAAUGACGGUCAAGGAUCUGAGGUGAGAAUCGUUGGGGAUCCUGGCCCAGACGAGAGCCUUAUGGAUGCUGGGCAGCCAGACAGUUCUAGUGACUCAGACAUGGAUGACACCCCAACCCAGGACGAGCCUGCUUCUGAGAGCCCAGUAGACGUGCUGCAGUGUGAGUUCUGUGGGAAGAAGGGCUACGUUCACACCUUCCUCCGAUCCAGAAGAUUCUGCUCCAUGAUCUGUGUCAGGAGGUUUAAUGUGAGUCGUAGGAAGCGUCUUAGUGCCUCGAAGGUGGACAAGGCCAACCGUUGGGGUCACAGGCCAGUGGGUCGGAGAGGACGACCUCCAGGGAGGGUCAACAGGGGAACUAGAGAACACUUCCUUCUCAGACAGGUACACGGGCCAUACAGACCUGAGGAGAACAAGAGGAGGUUGAGGGGAGAGAGGAAGGAAGAGGAUGAGGACGAGCUACCUGUCCCCAUGAUCACCAGGCUGCGCCGGCAGGAAGAGAGGGAGAGAAGAGAGAGGGAGAGGAUGCAGGAGAAAGAGAGGGAGCAGGGAGGACAGAGGAAAGAUGUGUUCAGCUCCCCCGGUGAACAGACGGCAGAAAAGGAAUUUGGGGAGAAUCCAACGCAGUGGAGUGUUGAACAAGUCUGCGCCUACAUCAACUCUCUACCAGGUGGACGGGAUAUAUCAGAGGAGUUUCGUUCCCAGGACAUUGACGGACAAGCCCUCCUAUUGCUGACAGAGGAGCACCUGAUGACAGCUAUGCACAUUAAACUUGGGCCUGCACUCAAGGUCUGUGCCCAUAUCAACUCUCUAAAAAAAACAUGAGCACAAGAGGAGCGUCCUCAUCUGGGAGUCUCUGGGACGGGGACCAGGUGAGCCCCCUCAUCUGACACGAAAGGCAUAGGAUUUCCAGGAGGAAAUGAGACACACUCGCACACCUUUGUCUGCUCUCUGCCUUUUAACUGUGCGACUUACAAACUGUUGAUCUGUGUCAGUCAUUUACAGGACCUACAUCGGUCUAUCAUCACCAUAGUGAUUGUAGCAAUAAGGCUAAAUGUGGCCUUUACUGUACAUGCUGUUGAAAAUGACAAAGGUUUACAUACUUUUUAUUUAAAUGUUUUCAAGAUGUUGAUCUGAAGAGCAUUUGGGAUUGUAUGAAACAGAGUGCACACUAUUACUUUUGCGGUGCACCUAUAAGGCUAGUUGUGCACUAUAUAGGGAACAAUGUGCCAUUUUGGAUGAAUCCAGAUUAACUCAAUCCACAUCUAUACUCUGUAGCAUAGCAAACGCAGAGCAACCAGAAAAUGGCUUGAGAAUUCCAAGGUAGAUCAAGUCAUGUUUAUUAUUUAUUACUGCUAUGAUAAAUAUAAUACAAAUAAAUCCUUUAUCAACCUU